UAGUCAGGCGCGGAACGUGAUCGAUGAUAAACGCUAGCGCGCUUAAAUUGUUGCAGUGGGCGUUUGUUUAUACUUGAAAGUGUUGACAUUAAAUAAAUAAAUAAAUGAUGAUGAUGCUAUGUUGUUGCCGGAUCAGACAUAUGCUGACUACGUGACCAAAGCAGAGCCAGAAAAUCCACACGCUAAUCCGGAGCCGGAACAUACAAAUUUAAAGUCGAGAAUAAGCUCCAACACCAGCACUACCAGCUACGAAGAAACCGCUCGCUUCUUUGACCAAAUACCCGACUUUGUGGGAGUCUCUCUGCCAGCCCUUUUUUACACUGCCAAGUUAGCUCAUGGCACUGAAGAAGAUUCUAAAGAUGUGGCUACAGUGUCCAGCAAAUCAAUCACCACUCAUAGUCGGAACGGCAUACGGAAUCACAAUAGUUGCCACUCUGAAGAGAGUGCGAAUUGUGAUAUUAUGUUGCGACUUUGUGAGGACUUUAUAUGCCGACAUCGCAUGCGAGCAGACUUCUUCUGUCAAUACCAUAAGGCAGUCAGCUCAACUACACCCUCGUCGAAACAAAGUAAAGCUUCACCGGUUGAGGACCCUGAAUCCACUAAGUUAAAAUCCAGUAAGGAACCACCGACAAUAUUUCCUAAUUUAAUCAUGUUUAAUACGGCCGUAAAGCGAUUUACAAGACUCUCUGCCAUUUAUACACUUCCAAUAGCCAAGCGUAAGAAAAAGACAACUGGAUAUUUAACUGAUGCUUCAUCGUCGAAUGAGGCUGUUCAUCUGCAGCAGCGACUAAACAGUCUAAGUACCGAGCUGUUGGUCAUGCGCGAUCGACUUCAUGUUGAGGGGCAAGGGCACGUUCAAAAUCGGAAUAACGAACCCCAACAUCAACAUCACACUGGCGUACUCGGGGGCAAUAGGGAAAAUAAGGGAAAGAAUUUUAAUACAACUGCAUCGAGUCCGAAUCUAAAUUUUGGAACUGCGCUUUCAACCAAAGCAUUGCAGCAACAUGUGAACGGUAGCGGCCAGCACACGCUACCUAAGCAAUCGCAAAACUUCGGCCGGACCGUAGCAGGAUUUUCGAAUCCGUCCGGAGCUAUUAUUCCGGCGCGUAACACAUCCAUUCCUCAUCCAUUGCCGCACCAGUUAAGUGACAGAACCACUCAAGUGCAUCACCAUCAGCAGCACCAAAGCAAUAAGAACCACACUUCUUGUCUGGGCGCCUCGGACACAGUGGCACAAGUUUCUCCGACAUAUAUACCAAAUGCUAGUUCAAACACAUUACCCAAGCGCUCUUCGUGCUCCUUGACAGCCCAACAAAUGUCAGCAAAUAAACAUAUCAAUCCAUGCCAGAGUGUCAGGACCCUCCCAUUUGGGUUUGCAUUUCCUGCCGGUGCUGGAGGGGGAAGUAGUGCUAAGCUACAACAAUCCUGCCGCGAGCCUAAGGACAUGCAGGAUCUGAUCCAUAUGCCUGGUCCACUCACCGAACACGCUGUCAUGCAUACGCUACAAGCGCGCUUUAAUGAGCAACGCUACUUUACUAAUGUGGGUCCCAUACUGCUCUCAAUCAAUCCAUACUUGGAUGUAGGUAACCCUCUGACACUGUCAUCUACUCGUGACAUUCCGUUGGCUGCGCAGCUACAAAAGAUUGUUCAAGAGGCAGUACGACAGCAGAGCGAGACAGGAUAUCCGCAGGCUAUCAUAUUAUCGGGCACAAGCGGAGCCGGAAAGACGGCAAACGCAAUGCUUAUGCUGCGCCAACUCUUUGCCAUUGCAGGCGGAGGCCCCGAGACAGAUGCUUUUAAGCACCUUGCCGCUGCCUUUACAGUUCUGCGGUCACUUGGAUCCGCAAAGACCACAACAAACUCAGAAUCCAGUCGCAUUGGCCAGUUUAUCGAGGUACAAGUGACAGAUGGGGCGCUCUAUCGUACCAAAAUCCAUUGUUACUUUCUCGACCAAACUCGUGUCAUUCGACCCUUGCCCAAGGAGAAGAACUAUCAUAUAUUCUACCAGCUGCUAGCCGGACUUAACCGCGAUGAACGCCUAAAGCUUCACCUAGAGGGCUACUCGCCAAACAAUCUGCGGUAUCUCAGAGGCGAUAACUCUCAAAACGAACUAGAGGAUGCUGCUCGUUUCCAGGCCUGGAAGACCUGCUUGGGCAUACUUGGUAUUCCAUUUUUAGAUGUGGUGCGUGUCCUCUCAGCAGUGCUCUUACUCGGCAACGUGCAGUUCAUAGAUACUGGAGGGCUUGAAGUUGAUGUCAAAGGUGAAUCGGAGCUCAAUUCUGUAGCGAGUCUGCUGGGUGUGCCGCCGGCAGCCCUGUUUCGUGGACUGACCACCCGCACCCACAACGUAAGAGGACAGCUAGUGAAAUCUGUGUGCGGCGAUGUUAACGCUAAUAUGACGCGCGACUGUCUUGCGAAGGCACUAUACUGCCGCCUGGUGGCCACCAUUGUUAGGCGUGCAAACAGUUUAAAGCGUCUCGGCUCCACACUUGGCACCCUCAGCUCUGACUCCAACGAGUCAGUGCACAACCAAGCGGACGCGGCUUCCCAACACGCCUCGACCAUAGGGGGUGGCAAUGCAGGCUCCAAGUCUAUGGCGGCGCUCAAUAAUGCAGUUAAGCAUGCAACCGACGGCUUUAUUGGCAUAUUAGACAUGUUUGGAUUCGAGGAGCCAUCGCCUCACGCACAUUUGGAACAUCUCUGCAUAAACCUGUGUGCAGAAACUAUGCAACACUUUUACAACACGCAUAUUUUUAAGUCCUCAGUAGAGUCGUGCCGUGAUGAGGGCAUCGUGGUGUCCCAGACCGAGGUUGAUUAUGUUGACAAUGUGCCUUGUAUCGAUUUGAUAUCCUCGCUGCGUACCGGUCUGCUCAGCCUCUUGGACAUGGAAUGCUCAGUACGAGGCACUGCUGAGAGCUAUGUGGCCAAGCUAAAAUUACAGCAUCGCAGCUCCACGCGUCUCGAGAGCCGACUAGCUUCGGAGUUGGACGAUCCGCGUCUAUUUGCUAUCCGACAUUUUGCAGGUCGCGUGGAGUACGACAGCACUGACUUCCUGGACACAAAUCGAGAUGUGGUGCCCGAUGAUCUCGUUGCCGUCUUCUACAAGCACAGCUGUAACUUUGGCUUUGCCACACACCUCUUUGGGUCUGAGCUUAAGGCUUUAUAUUCUCAGCCACAGGCGCCGCGAGGCCUCAGCUUUCGCAUUUCGCCAACUUCACACUCCGACCUGCUUAAUGGCGAUGAGCCCGUAAAUACACUUACUCAGGACUUCCACACACGUCUUGACAACCUGCUGCGUACUCUUGUACAUGCACGACCGCACUUUGUGCGUUGUAUUCGCAGCAAUAAUUCCGAGCAGCCAGCAAGAUUUGAGCGUUCGACUGUAGUACGCCAGAUCAGGUCGCUGCAGGUUUUGGAGACAGUCAAUCUGAUGGCUUCUGGAUUCCCGCAUCGCAUGCGAUUCAAGCAAUUCAACGCACGUUACCGUAUGCUAGCGCCUUUCAAAUUGCUGCGUCGCAGCGAGGAUAAGGCGCAGGAAGAUUGUCAGGUUAUACUGCAAUACGCAUUGGACAUGGAGCAUCCGCCGGUGUUGGACGGGUCUGUAACGCUCGCGUGGGCGCCAGGAAAGCGACAUGUAUUCAUUAGCGAAGGCAUACGCCAGCAAUUAGAGCACCUUCGCACAGAAAUUCGGCACCGAAGCGCCGCCCGCAUGCAAGCUAUCUGGCGUGGCUAUUGGUGGCGCAAAAAGAUGGGUAGCUCCGGCAACCUUAAGCGCAAUGCCAACACAGCCGACACAGGUCUAAUCUGUUCAAUGCCUGCACUUGCGAAGGGGACAAACAACCACAUUGCCAAGUCAGAAUCCGAAUCCGCAGCUGCCGCAAUAGUUGCUUUGGCGGCAGUUGCUGCUUCAGCUCCAAGCACGGUCGCACGACUGUCAGCUAAGUCCACGAGUGCACAAAUGUCUAGCACUGUGCUUCGACCACGUCCUCAACCAAUUGCUGGCACUCCGCCGCCUGAUCCCCAUGAGAAGUGCGACCAGAAUAUUAUUCAGCAAACAUGCAGUCUCUUUGGGUUGGAUUUGGAACGACCGCCGCCCGUUCCGCCGUCACGAGCUUAUACCAUCACCCCUAACUCGAAGAAGCUUGGGUAUCCGCAAAGUCGCAUCAUGAAAUUGAAUUUUCCAGAGGAUGCUAAUCCUUCUGGCACACUGUCAUCACCAGCGCCGGCAGCCACUGAGCUGCAACAUCUUAAGAAGGGCGAGGCCGUUACAGUUGUGGGCGCAUCAAGUGCUCGAGGCCACUUAAUAGUCGUACAUAAGGGUCAAAGCUAUCACGUGCCCUUUCAGUAUAUGGAGCUGACCAUUCAGUCGAUUACCUCCGCUGCUGUUUCUGGUCUUACUUCCACUCCUUCCGUUGGUAACGUUAAUAAUAGUGCCAAUAUAGCUGCUUCAAGUACUGGGGUUAAAAUUUGAUUCUGAGACGCCACUGUACUUGUGCUAAAGAUUGAUUAAGUAUACUUAACGAGCUGUAUGUAUUCAUAUAUUUUACAGUUCAGCUCCUAAGUAGUAUUUUUAAUGUUUAUCAGAACUGUUUUGUAGUAUUAUUAAAAACCUUGUCACAGUACGUCGAAUAAUGUGCUUGACAGAAUGGGGACCAUAGAACCUAAUACUUAAUGUAGUUUACAGCUUCCAGUGCCAAUCAAAUAAGAUCUUCCACUAAAAAACAUAUAUAGUACAUAUAUAUUAGGUACGUUUGUGAGUACAUAUGCACUUAAGAACUAUAAAAUUCUAUGAUUAUUGCUUACUUAUUUCAAUUAGCUAUAAAUAUUCAAUCUGUAAAACAAUCAUGAUCACAUUACUCACACCACAUACUGCAUAUAAAGCGAAUUAUAAAGCUAUGCUUAGUAAUAAGUUUAAUCAUUCAAACUUAGUUUUAUUUUGGAUUUUUUCUAAUAACAUACACAAAUUGUAUAUUUUCAUGCAU